AUGCAUCCCAUGGAGGCCGUUCGAACGAUCUGCACAACUACGAUCCGAGCACGAAGAGGCCUUAAUCAUGGCGACUCGCCUCAACAGAUCGAUCUGAAUCCAUGGGAUCUUCAAUUUCUACUACUUGAGUAUGCUCAAAAGGGACUUCUCUUUCACAAACCCGCCUCGUUAUCAUCGUCAAUACUUGGAGAAACAGUAAUCCAGCAGUUGAAGGACUCGCUUUCUUCCACCCUCGACUUCUUCCUGCCGCUUGCUGGCCGUCUUCUUGUUGUCCCCCAUGGCGGCGACGAUGACACAUCCUCCGUCUUCAUCACUUGUAACAACGCCGGAGUAAGCUUUGUUCAUGCUAUAGCAGAGAACACUAAAAUUGCCGCCAUCCUUGAACCCACUUAUGUUCCCACAAUAGUCUCCUCCUUCUUCCCACCCGGUAAUAUCGAGAACUUUGAAGCAGAUCGAGUUCCAUUACUGGCUGUUCAAGUCACAGAGUUGGUGGAUGGCAUCUUCAUCGCUUGUUCCAUUAAUCAUUGUCUUGCUGAUGUGAAGCCGUACUGGAAUUUCUUAAAUGCAUGGGCUCAGAUCUCUCGAAAUGGCCUCAACCACAUGGCCCCAAAUUCGAAGCUGGCUUCAUUUGAACGAUGGUUUCCUCAUGGUAAUAUUGAGCGCCCCAUAACAAUCCCAUUCAGGAAAAUAUUGCAGCAUCAUCUUAAGGAGUCAACAGGUUUGAUUCAGUCACCUCCAUUUUCAGGGAGGAUCUUUCACCUUCAAAAGCAAAAAAUUGCUCAACUCAAAGCAAAAGCUAAUUCAGAGGUACAAGAUAGUAUCAUCAGCAACAAAAUCUCCUCUUUGCAAGCUUUUCUGGGCCAUGUCUGGAGGUCUGUAAUCAGAAAUCAGAAUCUUGACCCAGAAGAGGAAGUCACAUACAGAUUCCUCAUAUCUGCUAGAUCCAAAGUUUCGCACCCCCCAAUUCCAGACGACUAUUUUGGAAUCACCGUGCAAUUCACUGCUGUGACGAUGAAAGUAAGGGAUUUAGUGGGAGAUGGAGGCUUUGGAAAGUUUGUUUGGGAGAUGAACAAGGAAAUCUCAUCGUGCACUGAAGAAAAGAUCAAGAGCGACUUCGAAGCUUGGAUACGAAAUCCAGCAAUGCGUACACAGCAUGCCACAAUUGGGAAGUUUAUGACAACUAGCAGCUCCCCACGAACCAACUUUUAUGAGAUCGAUUUCGGUUGGGGAAGACCAGUGGCGGUUCGCGGCGGCGGAGCCAAUGCGAAGCAGUGGAAGAUAGCAGUCGAUGCCGGAGCAGAAGAAGGUAGCUUUGAUGUUGAACUAUGGGCCUCUUACCAAAUACUGGAAGCUUUGGCUAGAGACCGUGAAUUCAUGGAAGCAGUGGAACUGCCCUUGGCAGCGGAGCUAACGCCAUCCAGUAAAGUAGCACGGACUCGACUAUGA